AUGGCCUCGCGCCGCCGCACCCUGCUCAAGGUCAUCAUCCUCGGCGACAGCGGGGUUGGGAAGACGUCCUUGAUGAACCAAUAUGUGAACAAGAAGUUCAGCAACCAGUACAAGGCUACGAUUGGCGCGGAUUUCCUCACCAAGGAGGUGCAGUUCGAGGACAGGCUCUUCACUCUGCAAAUAUGGGACACUGCUGGUCAGGAAAGGUUUCAGAGUCUUGGCGUUGCAUUCUACCGGGGAGCGGAUUGUUGUGUCCUAGUCUAUGAUGUUAACUCUAUGAAAUCAUUUGAUAACCUGAACAACUGGCGUGAAGAGUUUCUAAUUCAGGCUAGCCCAUCAGAUCCUGAUAAUUUCCCUUUUGUUCUGUUGGGUAACAAAGUUGAUGUAGAUGGUGGCAACAGCCGAGUGGUAUCAGAGAAAAAGGCAAAGGCAUGGUGUGCUUCUAAAGGGAACAUCCCCUACUUUGAGACAUCUGCUAAGGAUGGAACGAAUGUGGAAGAUGCCUUCCAGUGUAUCGUAAAGAACGCUCUGAAGAAUGAACCAGAGGAAGAAUUUACUAGAAAACGGAGCACUGCAGUAAGAGUAGUUAUGUUUGGAAUAUCAAUUGGUCCUUCAGUUGGGUCUUUUGCUCCAGUUCUUAGUCAUCAACAAAAUUAG